CGUCCACAAUAAUGGAGGAUGGCGGCCGAUUUUCAACUUUGUGUCUAUCGUCCGUAGUCUCUAUCAGUCAAAAUGGCGAUCUAUUAUGAUUGGACGGUAGAUGGCGCUAAACUUCAAAAAUACUUCCCAUAAUUCUUGCGACAGAGCAUGCGUACUUCAGUUUAAGUUGUGCUGUGGAGUGAAAUGGCGACCACGAACACUCUCGACGAUAUUUUGUCAACAGAAAUCGACGAGAAUGCUGUUAAUGCCUUAGUUGGUUCUCUGGAGUCACAGCUAGCCUCCACAACACACAAGGACACUGCACAUUCUAUUUCUGAUGCUUCUAUGAACAAUAACCACAUAGGCAAUGCGAGUGCUCCGGUAGCAUGCACUUCAACUGUGUAUUUACAUAGCAUCCCAACAUCAGCUCCGAAAAAUAUGACAAUUCAAAAUAAUGUAGCAUUGAAUAAUGCAAAUAUAUCUCAUCUAAAGGCAUCUCAGUCUGAGUCUCAGUUACUAGGUUUAAAUUCUAUUGUGUCAAAUGUGAAUUCCAAUGAAGGAGGAGAUCUGUCAGUUAAUGUCAAUAGUAUCAGAAGAAACUCGCCAGUGCCUGUGAAUCAUGUAAGAAUUGUUUCUCAAUCACAGACCAUCACAAACUCUCGUAACUCGCCAUCUCCAUCUGUACCAGGACAGCUUAACAAUGUCAGUGUGGCAAGUGUUCGUUCAUCAACACCAAAUCAAGUUGUAAUAAACAAUGGACAAAGUGUACCAAAUGUGAACAGUAAUGUGAAUUCUGCAAAUAGUGCUCAUUUUAAUACAGCUGAUCAUAAACCUGUUAUACGGUCUAGACAUAACAGUCCGUUAAACCAAAUUUCUAGUCAGGAUGUGAAACCUAGACCUUCUCAAAUAGUGAAUAUUAAACAUGAACCUUUGGGAUCACCUCAGACGGGGGUGUUAAAUGUGAAACAGGAGACAGGAUCUCCAAGCUCAGGAUUCGGUGUUAAACAGGAGCACCAAUUAGCAAUACAACCUGUGCCUGGUGCACCACACAAUGUGCCUCAACCAAAUGUUCAGUUAGUGCAGGGAAAAGGACAAGUUGUUACAGGAAAUGCAAGUGUGAUCACAGUUAGGACACCUGGGCAAACUCAUCCAUCUCAAGUUGUUAUGCAACCUCAAAUAAUUACAACUCAAUCCUCUAGUGCACAGAUGCAUGUAGUGUCUGUGAGUGGAUGCACUGUUGCCACUCGUCCAACAGGAACAGUUCAAAUGACUCAAGGCAAAAAUAUGAAUCCCAGAAUGGCAACUGCAUCUUUUAGACCUCAACAAAUUAAUAUUGCACCGAGACCAGGAACAACGCAAAACACAAUUGCACUGCCCCCUGGUGUUCAGAUACCUCCUGGAGCUCAGCUGGUCAGAAAUGAGCAAGGACAGUUAGUUUUUGUCAUUCAGCAACCCCCAGCUACCAGUUCAGCAACUGGCCACCGUAUGUUUGUACGACCUUCAAGUUCUGCAAGCCCGGUUCGCCCUCAGCAGAUUGUGACAAUACAGCCCCCCAACUCGGCCAUCACACCGCAGGGGAUUCCACGACAGGUUCAUCUUAGUACUGUUGUCACCACUGCUACCCCUGUACCUAGUCUGGUCCGCACAUCAGCCCCAGGCCCAGCCAUUCACACAACGCCAUCAGGUGCACCUCAACAACCUCCUGACAAUGUCAAAAAAUGCAAGAACUUCCUUUCUACUCUUAUAAAACUGGCUCAAAGUCAACCACCACAAACAGUCAAGAAUGUUCGAGAGUUGAUACAGGGACUUAUUGAUGGAAAAGUGGAGCCUCAGACAUUCACAGAGAAAUUACAAGUAGAACUUCGUUCAUCACCUCAACCAUAUUUAGUGCCAUUCCUUAAGAAAAGUCUGCCAGCCUUGCGCCAAGCAUUAAUAGCCAAUACCAUGACAAUAGAUGGAGUUAAGGCACCUCCUAUGGAGGUCCUCCAUCCUGUGGUAUCCAUGGCAACUCUAGUCCACCCUCCAGUUCCUCAUCAUCCGUCCACUCAACAUGCAGCUGUGCGAGGCCAACAUAUUAUUGGAAUUCCCAAAACUGUGACAGCAAUCUCGGGGAAAACACAACACCUACCAGGUGUGGCAGGCAUAUCUGCUUCGUCUCAGUCACGAAGCAACACCCCACAUAAAGAGAAAACCAAGUACGACUCUCUCAAGGAUGAUGAUGAUAUAAAUGAUGUAGCUACCAUGGGUGGUGUCAAUCUGUCUGAAGAGAGUAAGAAUAUCUUGGCCAGUAAUGCAGACUUCAUUGGAACACAAAUUCGUUCUUGUAAGGAUGAGGCUUUCUUGCAUCAUGGCCCGCUACUCAGCAGAAUCACAGCAAUAGCCAAAAAGCAGGGGUUAGAUGACAUCUCAUCAGAUGUUGCUAAUCUGGUUUCACAUGCGACACAAGAACGUCUUAGAGAUCUCCUGGAGAAACUCGACACCAUUGCUGAACAUAGAAUAGAAAUAUACAAGAUGAAUGAAAAGUUUGAGGCUUCUAAUGAUGCCAAAUCUCAGCUGAAGUUUCUGGAAGAGCUUGAUAAACUAGAGAAGAAACGUCAUGAUGACCAGGAGUGGGAAAAAAUCAUGAAGGUGGCAAAGAGUCGGUCAAAAAAUGAAGAUCCUGAGCAGCAGAAGAUUAAACAGAAAGCCAAAGAGUUACAACAGGCUGAGAUUGAGAGGAUGAGGCAGGAAGAAGCCAAUCAGACAGCCCUGGCAGCUAUUGGACCGAGGAAGAAGAGGAAAACAGACUUUGGAGAAAUUAGUGCAACUAGUACUGGAGGACUGAGUACCAGUAAUGGAGGCAGUUCUUCAUCUUCCAAAAAUACAAGCACACGGCAGCGAAUCAAAAGAGUGACAUUGCGAGACGUUUUAUUCUUGAUGGAGCAAGAGCGCUCUUUGGGAAAAUCAACUCUUUUAUACAAAACAUUCCUCAAAUGAUGAGUAUCCAGAGUUAGGAAGGUCCAAGACAUAACAGAAGGCUAUAAGGCAUUCAAUUUAGAAGUGUGGGAUGUUUUCUGUGAACGCAGGGCACAUAUUUUUCCAAGUUUUCUAAGCUUUGAUGGACAGAAUGGACUGCACUUCAUUGUGUAGACAAACUGUAACAGGAAACUAGGUGAUACAGUCCUAUCCAAAGAGGACAGUCUUUAGAGGGAUGUCCAGGUCACAGGAUCCAUGGAGUAAGCAAACCAAAAAGUGCUGAGUUUUUUCAGCUGUAAAACUACAAAAACACGAUCUUCUGUGAGGGAAUCGUUUACAGUUCUAAAAUGCGAGAAAGACUUGUGUGAAACAAUGGGUGAUAGACAAUUCGGGUAUUAGAGAAAGACUUGUGUGAAACAAUGGGUGAUAGACAAUUCGGGUAUUAGUUUAUUUCAUCUGCUGAGUCUCCUUCACAUAUCCAAGCUCUCCGUUCUUAAAAUCAGCAUGCUAAUACUCAUAUACUGUAAGUUUGUGAAGUGCUGUGUGAGGGUAAAUGGUUUUCUGCUACAUGUAUAAAGCCUUUAGAAAAAAAAAUAUUGUUGGGCAUUUUCUGUAAGGACUAUUCAAGGAAAAAUUCAUUGGAGGGGUGGCAUGCCCAAAUCUCAUGGUGUGAAUGGGAGCAGUUUUUGUUUUAUUCCCGAGGGGUAUCAAUUUGAAAUAUUUUACCCCUACAAGUGAAGGGAGGGAUAGUUAACCCUGUCUCUCUAACUAGCUGUCUGUUUUGCAUCUGUGUAUAGGCCAUAGCUUUGUUACAAAGAGACAUUAAGUGUACAUAUUUUGCAUAAAGAUUGCUUAAAAUCUGAGGGGAUGUCAUAACCUUUUUAAGAGCAGUCUUUUCCUUCUACAAGUUAUUUCUGAAUUUAAACUAGAACUUAUAUUAAACAUAAAAACAAUUUCACAAUGUUUACAAAAUUUGGCAGCUAAAGGGUAUUAGGGGCAAUUGUACAAAGUCAAAAUUUAAAAAAUGCUAUGUAUUUCCAAAUAUAUAACAGAAAAACUCUGUGCUUGAUCAUAAUGAGCAAAAAUACCAUGAAUUUCAUAGCUCUUGGAGUCAGGGAUUCAAGUGCUAAGAUGGUGCUUUGUAGCUCAUUUAGUGAAAGUGCAUUGUUUCUUAUAAGUAACUCUUAUUUGACUCGUGCAUAUUAAACAACCAAACUGAAUCAUAAUACUAUUGAACAUGUACUGAACUGAAACUUAUGAUCCCUUCAACUAUCGACAGCUGUUCUGGUCUCAUGAUUAGGGUCUAUGGCUCUUAAACUGAAAUUGCAUUACAUUUUUAUAUGUCCGUCUAUAGAUGAGACGUUUCAUGGUACAGCAAUGUCUGUAUGUCCGUCCAUCCUUUUGGGGUUUUCUUUUUCAAUUUUUAUUUCUUUGUCACAUAUCAAGCUGAAACUUGCUACUGUAUAUCGCUUCUUUGUGGGUCAUUCUAGAUCAUGUUGGAAUUUUGAUCGAUUUCAACUUCUUAUGGAGGAGUUUUGCCCCUUUAUUUGAAAAUUAAUUUUAUUUGGAGAGUGCAUAAUUUAUCUGGCUAACUCUUCAAGUGAUGACCUUCUUAUUUUAAAGUGUUUGUAUGGGUAUUGAAGAUGUGCAUGUGGCAAGCAUUUUGAUUUUCUUCAAUAUUUGAGAAAAUUACACAUUGUUGAACUUGGUCAGUUUUGAGGAAAUAUUACUUAGAGAGUACAUGAUUUGUCCAUGUAACAAGUGAGGAUCUUUUUUUCUUUUUUUUUUUGCAGAGUUUUUAAAUGGGUAUUGAAGAUGUGCAUGUGGCAAGGAUUUUGAUUUUUUUUCCAUUUUGUUGAACUUAGUCAGUUUGAGGAAAUAUUAUAUUGGAGAUACAUUUGCCAAAGAGUUUGUCCCGACUCUAAACUUAACGGUAUGAAAAAAACUAGAAAAUUUUCUCAGUUUAACUUUGUAAUGAACUGUUAUUAGAAGUUCAUGCAUGUCGCAAAGGUUGCAUAUGAUAAUACAUUGUGUUGUGACCCAGAAGUUAAGAACCAAGGUAAUUUGACCAUCAUCACAGACAUUGGUAUAUUUAUUACAGGCUUGAACUUUGUAAUAGAAAGACACUAGAAGCUCAUAUUUGGCACAGAAGUUGCUAAGGGCUAGUAUGUGAUGACCCUAAUUCAACUGGUCAAGAACUAUGUCCCCCUUCCACCCAAAUACAAAUAUUUGUCCAGGUUAUAGCUUUGUAAUGGAGAAACAUCAGAAGAAUUACAUUUAAAUGUCCCAUUUGACCAUAAGAUGAGUUAGGAAAUUCAGAUCAGAGUUCUUGCACCAUCAACAUGCAAUACUUUUAAUUUAAGCUUAUGGGUAUAUUGUAGGUGGGGUGUGUGUGUGUGUGUGUGUGUGACAAAGUAAAAGCAUGCAACCUCUCCAAAAGAAGUUUGACUGAAAUCGCCCUUAAGUAAACACAAGUUAUUGUAUACAUGUAUAUAUAUGUAUAUAUAUACACACUCAUAAAAGGAUGAGAAGCAAGUUCUAAAAACUUGUGGGUUCUUAAGAGAGAGGUGUAUAUACCCUUAACAGAUUAAUUAUUGUGUUCAGCAGGAAGGUUUUGUACAGAGGACAAAAAUUCAUUCCUCUUUUAUGACCACACUAGAUUUAAAAUAAGCAAAUAAUGUAAAUUUAUGAAAACUAAACCAUUUUUGAAGGUAAAACAAUAUCAGAUCAUGUCUUGUAUCAAUACAUAUCCAUACAUAUUAAACUAUUUCACAUUUAUGUGCUAAGAUAUGAUACUGGUAGGUUAGGUAAACAGACAGUCAAGUGAAGUCCUUUACAGUGAUGGGCGUUGACAGAGUUGGCAGGGUUUUGACUUCAUAAAUGAAAAAUUCUGACUUCCAAGUAUGUUCCGGUAUGUACUUCAUACCAAAUGAAAAAGGAAUGGGGAAUCUGUUUUUCAUGUUAUAAGUAACUUUUUAAAAAAUAAUUUACAGAAAAAUGGGAGAACUAUAUCGGAUACUUUGUACUCUGUGAUGCAACAUGUGAUAAUAAUCGAACAAAUUGUGAUGAAUGACAUUUCCUGAGUAAGAUGAUCAUUCAUUCAAUGGUACUUACACUGAUUGAAGAAAAGAACUUACAAAUACCACCCUAGUACAUGAUUUUAAAGUUUGUAGUGUAUACAAAACCAUGGUCAUUUGCUAUUUCUUCAAACAAAAAGUCUUUGUUAAGGACACUUUAUACAAGCAAAGAAAUGGAAGCAUGGGUUGAUUUAUAUUUUUUGCUUAGUUUGGUUGUAAUAAGUACGAAUAUGAAAUAUUAAGGGACUUAUAAAUUUUCUAUGAUGUUCAAAAGUCGCAUUAUAUUACCAUGCUCUAUUUAACUCUAUACAAAAUCCCCCACUGUUUUGGACAUAAUUGAGAAAUCAUGCAAAUAAAUUACAUUCCAUAAGGUAAACUGUUUUCAUUUUCACCAUCUUUGGAAAAAGUCUGUUUGUACCAAGUGUCGUUUAGCUAGGUAAAUGAAAUAGAAUAGCAUGACUUGAUACUUUAGUUUUAAUCGGGCAGCAUCAGUUUGAAACCUUUACACUUGAUAGAAAAAUAUUUUCUGCAAUAAACCGACUAAUUUUGAAAAUCUUGGAGGUAAAUUAUCAUGUUACAAAUUUGGUAAUUUUCAUCCAUAAGCUGUGAUCAUUUGUGUAUGUCUGUAACAAGUCUUAUUUGUUAUAAAUACAAAAACUCAAAAAAAUAAUAAUUUUCAUUUAUAAACUGAAUGACAAAAAUUAGCAGGAACUUUCCUGCAUAUCUAUUACAGAUUUAAUCACUUUGCUCAUUGAGUUGACAAACACAGAGAAAUAAAAUUGGUCUCAGACUGACUUAGUUUUCAGAUUGACAAAGUGUGUUGUGGGAAACAUUUGGCAACAAAGACUGCUUGAAGAGACAUUUGAGAGAUAGCAGUGCUUUGCUAAUUUGAAUUGCUGCAGAGUUCUGAAGUCUGCAUUUUAAUUUUAUACUGUCAAGGGGUGUUAUAAACUGUUGUAUUACAUUUAUCAGUUAAUACAAGAAUUGUGUAUGUCACAGUAAAUGUGUGUGGGAGUUUACUAUAUAUCUCAAUGUGUGUAAUCACAGUUGUGAGUGUACUAUGUUUCACCAUAGUAAAUAUCAAUUGUAAUGAUAAUUUAUUGAUAAUGGUGUGUACAAAAACUUAAUGUUGUGCAUCCUGUGUUUUGUACAGAUACUUUUAUAUUUUAUACAGUGUUACAUAUUUUGAAAGCUAAUUUUAUUUGUAAAUAUCACUCAUAUGACUGUCAUGUGACAUGUUGACUACACCCUCUAAACAUCUUGAACAGUAGGUUUUAUUUAUGAAGUAUUGAAUUUGUAUCCAAUGAUAUGAGAGUUGUCAUUUGUUUUACAAUAUAUACUAGAAAAUUAUGUGAAAAUUUAGUUUUCCAGUUGAUUGGAUAUCUGAGGAACUAAUAAAAUUUAAAUGCUAUA